UGUAGUCUAGAUAAGUUCACCACUCUUUGAUCUCCGUGAAACCCUCAACGUUGUGGAAACCAUAUAUUAUAUGUUUAUUUAGUCUGUAAUACUUGGGACCAAGGUUGGUUUGUUGAAGAUAUUUAAUCAAAAGUUGAGAACGUAUUUCUCUUGAGAUAAAACAAACAAAUAAACAUGGAGACAACCACGUGUGUCCUGCUAGCUACAAAUACAGUCUCCUCAGGAGUAACUUUUUCUUCUGCCUCUACGUCUCUACAGUCUGGUGGCAAAAUCGCCAUUUCGAGGAAUGUGAUCAAGCCAGCAGCAGGUGAUAACAGUGCGCAAGGACUUCUGCGUUGCAAAAAGCGUAUUAACCUCUCUCAGUUAAGCUACUCACUACCUCAAGCCCAACCUGUUGCAGUGGCCAGAAGGAACGAAAGAGAAAGGAAUCGUGUGAGGAUGGUAAACAUGGGCUUCGCUACACUGAAACAGCACGUGCCAAAUGGUGCUAAAAACAAAAAGAUGAGCAAAGUGGAAACGCUCAGAGCAGCAGUGGAAUACAUCAAGCAGCUUCAACAACUUCUUUCUGAACAGGAUAAUUCAGUUGCUACAUUAAAAGAAAGAAACAUUUUACUCUAUAGUGGACAAAUGGACGAGAACUGCUAUCCCAUAUCUGUUCCAACAACCAACAACUUAGAUGCUACCAACACACCACUUUAUUCAACCUCAAAUCCUGAAACGUUGGCACCAAACUCCCCAACUCCAAGCCUCGGGUCAGAUGCAGCCUCUCCAAAUCAUAGCCUCGGCUAUGAUGUUUGUUCACCACACAGCAGUUUGAGUCCUGAAGAGGAAGAUCUGUUGGAAUUUACGUCCUGGUUUUCUUAACUUGUCAUCACUUGAAGAGAUGGUUACAAUGAAGGUCAAUUACCUACUCAGAUGUAACAUCUCUACAAGUUCCGGCGGCAGAAGGACAGAGCACCUUGUCGUUUCCAUGUAGGCUCAAAUUGUAAUCGUCCCAAGAGAAGGCGAUACCAUCAAGUUUGGGAACCAACAGACAGUGUUAUCAAGUCGUUGUUUGGCCGACCAAACAUCUAUAGAGUGGACAACAAGGCGAACCACUUGAUGGGAUUGUGGGAAAAACUUUGAAGAAAUAAUCUUAGCUCCAACCGUAGAACCUCUCUUGUCUCCCUGACGGAUGACCUGCUUUCACGUGGGUCCAGACCGGAAAUUUCUCUUUGUUGAUGUACAGAGAAAAAAAAACUGCAAAGACGGAUUUCCUGUGAGAAAGAAAUAUGUAAAAUAUACUGCUCUAUUCUAAGAGGAAGUGUCUUUAAAUAUUACACUUUACUAAGAACGUUUCGAUCCUAUAAUCACAAAGCAGCUAUUUAUUUUUUGUAUUUGGUUUUCAGCAAGUUUAGACUUUAAGAUCGAUUUUAAUGGAUUCUUAAAUAUAUAAACAAAAGAUCGCACAAAAAUAUGAAUGUUUUAUUUAGGUAAGAAAGCAUUUAACAGUUAUUAGCUUAUAUUUGCUAAAGAUAUACGAACUAUUAAUUUUCAAAAUUCUCUUUUACAAAUAAAGAAUAAAGUUGCUGUGCACGAGAAUAUCAGCGCUUCAGACGUACUUGUCUAUGUGUAAAGCAUUAUUUUUCUAAGUAUUCUA